AUGAAGUCCUCUGUCGUUCUCGCUGUCGCCAGCGCCGCCAUGGCCCUCGGUGUUGCCAUCGACAAGCGCGCCAUGGAGACCGUUUGGGACAUCGACUACGUUACUGUCACCGUCACCGCCGGUCUUCCCCAGGCACCCACUCCCACCCCGGGCAACUUCUUCCCUGAGAAGCCCAAGAAGCCUGAGCAAGCCCCCGCUCCCGUCUUCUCCACCAUCAAGGCCGAGCCUACUCCUGAGCCCCAGCCCGAGCCCGCUCCGGCCCCCGAGCCUGCUCCUGAGCCACAGCCUGAGCCCGAGGCCGAGAAGCCCAAGGAGACCCCCAAGACGACCGCUCCUGCCCCCACUGGCAAUGACAUGCAGAGCGCCGCUCUCGAGGCCCACAACAUUCACCGUCAGAACAACUCUGCCCCUGCCCUGCAGUGGGGUUCCGACUACGCCGGUUACGCCCUGCAGACCGCGCAGACUUGUGUCUUCGAGCACGACCUGACUCCUGGUGGCGGUGGCUACGGCCAGAACCUCGCCAUGUGGGGCGCCACUGAUGGCGACUCGCUCGGUGCCGCGAAGGCUGUCUCCCAGGCUACCACCAACAUGUGGUACAACGGCGAGCUGAACCUGUACUCGCCCAACUUCUACGGUGGUGAGCCCGACAUGUCCAACUUCAUGGAGUGGGGCCAUUACUCCCAGGUCGUCUGGGUUGACACUACCACCCUCGGCUGUGCUGUCCACUUCUGCGAGAAGGGCACCAUGGACCCCAACAUGGGCGUCUGGUACACCGUCUGCAACUACUUCCCUGCUGGCAACAUGCAGGGUGCUUUUGCUAAGAACGUGCUGCCCCCCGGCAACGCGCCGACCGUCACUGCCUAA